AUGUUUUCUCUGUCGGAGCUGGCACCUCUGAACCAGCACCAGAGCAGGUGUAAACUGUUGAAGCCCUGGUGGGAGGUCUUCAUGGACUACCUGGUGGUCCUGAUGCUGAUGGCAUCUGUCCUGGCUUGUACUGAGCAGCUGUCCAGGGACCGGGUGGUCUGCAUCCCCUCGGAUCCACUUGUCACUGCAAAUGGUAGUGAUCACAUUCCCUCAACCAGCAGGGAUGUGGCACUGACUCCGACUUCAAAGCCCCCAACCCAUGUUCAAGGCAACAGCCCGAAUCUUCAUUCUACAGGCCGCGGUCGACGUACGCACCUAGUCUACCAGCAGUAUGUUUACAUUAGCCAGGUGUGCUACCAUGAGGCUUUGCCUUUGUGCUCCCGCUUCUUCCCCUACAUGGCCUUGCUGCAGUCUCUACUGCUGGUGGCAAGCGGCUCCUUCUGGCUCCAUUUUCCCCACACCUCCGCCCGCAUAGAGCACUUCCUGGCCAUCUUGGCAAAGUGCUGUGAGUCACCUUGGACAUCCCAGGCCCUGUCCCAUGCCGCCCGGCAGGAGAACAUCCAAGAGAAGGAGGUGGUGGAGGAGAGAUGGCCGCCCAAACCUCCCCCCUCAUCAAGUUCAUCUUCAGCCCCUGUAACCAACACAAGACGAUCGAGCAUAGACUCGGGCGCAGACAGCCCGCUUCUGAAGAGGUCAGACAGUGCGUCCUCUGCCGCCCCUCCCUCCCCAUGCCCUUCCACACUCUCCUGUACCUCCACCAUGUCGUCCAUAUCCCUCGGUUCCCAGGUGCACAUUCCUUCGUCCAAGCCCCCACUCAUGAUUGACAGUCCCAGGCAGGUAAUCUGCUUGGAUAAAAGUGAUGGGGAACAGGCCAGGGCGCUGUUCGAAAGGGUCAGGAAAUUUCGGUCCCACUGUGAAAGCUCAGACAUCAUCUAUAAGGUCUACUUGGCUCAGACGAUAUUCAAAUUACUGAUGGUAACGCUGAUCGUGAGUUACACCAUCCCUCUUCUGAGCUCCUUCUCCUUCACUCACACCUGUCACCCUGAGGAGCAGGCCUUAGUGGGCUACGCUACCUUUGAGUGUAUCCAUGUGCUCUCCUCUCUGAUACGCAAACUACUGGUGGCUUACCUAACCCUGCUGGGGCUGUACGGCCUGCUGAACUUUUACACAAUCGGCUGGAUUUUACACAGCUCUCUACGGCAGUAUUCCUUCCACUCACUGAAGGAGCUGUGCUCCCUGAGAGAUGUCCCAGACCUCAGAAAUGACCUGGCCUUUCUUUUACACAUGUUAGACCAGUAUGACCCUUUGCUGGCCCAGCGUCUCUCCGUCUUUUUGUCCCCUGUCAGUGAAAGCAGGCUGCUGGAGGAAAACCUGGAGAGGCGCUGGGGGGAGGAGAAGCUGCGUGCCAUAACUAGUGUGGAUGCAGAAGGCUGUUCUAAACUUCAGCUGGUGGCCCUGCCUCGCCUCCCUCCAGCCCUCUUCACCCUCAGCCAGCUUCAGGUCCUUAAACUGGAGCUCAUCGCAGAUGCCAGGUUUACUGCACAGGUGGCCAACAUGACCUCACUCAGGGAGCUCCACCUCUACCACUGUACAGCAGCUGUGGAUCCCAGUGCACUUGGAGUCCUUCAGGAACGGCUGGAGGUCCUUCACCUCACCUUUACUCAGGCAUCAGAGAUCCCCAGCUGGGUCCUCUCCCUCCGCAGUCUGCAUGAGCUGCACCUCUCUGGUCGUCUGAGUAGUGACAGUGGGGUGGGCCGCAGCUGGGCAUUGGGGAGCCUCCGCCAAUUGCGUCACCUCCGUGUGCUGGUGAUUCGAGGCAUGUUACAGCGGAUCCCUGGGGAGCUGUGUGAGGUGGCAUGCAGCCUGGUGAGACUGGAGAUCUACAAUGAGGGGACCAGGCUGCUUGUACUGACAGGCUUGAAGCGGAUGGUCGACCUGACAGAGCUGCUGCUGCAGGACUGCCAGCUGGAGCGUUUGCCCUCUGCCCUGCUGGCCCUCACCAACCUGCGGACACUCAACCUGCAGCAUAAUAACUUGCGAACCCUGGAGGAACUACUUAGCCUGGCUCAUCUGCGACGUCUCUCUUGCCUCAGACUUGCCUUUAACCGGGUUCUGGCACUGCCAGCCAGUGUUGGUGUGCUGCGAGGCCUAGAGCUCCUAGAUCUGUCUAACAACCAGCUCCAGAGCCUUCCCCCUGCACUCUUCACUCUUCGCCGCCUUCGUAGGCUCCUGCUUGCUGGUAACCUGCUGGAGGAGUUGCCUGCGGAGGUGAAGUCACUGCAGCUGCUUACAGAGCUUGACCUCAGUCGAAACAGGGUAGAGAGUCUUCCCCCUGGGCUAUUCAAUAGCUGUUUGGAGCUGCGCAUCCUUAAUGUUGCUCACAACUCUAUUAGUUCAUUACCAAGGGGCAUUGCAGCUUUAAGUCAGUUGUGCAGGUUGGACUUGCGUGGUAAUAGUCUGGAAGAACUGCCUGCUGAGUUGGGCUGCUGCAUAGGGCUGCAUGGAGGUGGUCUCCUGGUGGAAGACUGGCUAUUUCUUUCAUUGCCUCCCCAUGUCAGGGACUUCCUGAGCCGUUCUUGCUCCCCCUCUGGUACAUACUCAGAGGAUCAUUCCCGGCCUGAGUCCGACAGUUUCCCAUACUUGUCUCCUACACAGUGGAGCUUCUCUUCUGCUCUGGAAUCACAGAUAUGA